AUGGAUUUCUUCCUUACAACUGUCCAUCAACAUGCUAGCUUGGGAAUUGCAUCCCACAUCCUUGUGACUAUUGAGGCUUCUGACGACGCUCAUGGUGUGUUUGAGUUCAGUGCUGAGUCACUCUCAGUAAAUGGAACUGAGCCUGAAGAUGAACGGAGCGAUAUUGUGCUGCAGGUUGUGCGAACACAUGGGGCCUUGUCUCAGGUGACACUGCAUUGGAUCAUAGUCUGUGAUCUUAGCAAAGACCUGAUCUCUAUGGAUGGGAAUGUAACAUUUGAUGUUGGCCAAGAGAGAGCGAACAUUACAGUGCAGGUUUCUCCUGAUGAAGUUCCUGAAUUGGAUAAGGUGUUUUCAGUUUUGAUCGUCAAUGUCUCCAGUGGUCGUCUUGGAAAUCAUACUAAUGCAACAUUAACUAUUUUAGCUAAUGAUGAUCCAUAUGGAGUCUUCAUCUUUUCUGAGCAAAACAGACCAAUAAAAGUUGAGGAAGAAACAAAUAAUAUCUCCUUGUCAAUAAUAAGGCGUGGUGGUCUCCUCGGUACAGUAAUGGUAACAUACAGAACUAUUGGCGAUGAUGAAAAGUCACCCUUUCUUCUGCCUGAUGUUGUUAGAGCAAUAGAGGGAAAAGAUUAUAUACCCAUUACAGGUUAUAUGAUCUUUGCACCCAAUGAAAGCGAGGCCACAAUAUCUUUGCCUAUUUUGGAUGAUGAUGAUCCUGAGAAGUCAGAAUCUAUUUUUGUGGAGCUAAGCAGUAUUGUUUUGAUUGAGAAAGUACAGGAUCGGCCAAUUGUAAAUUCUCCUCGACUUGGAAAAGUGGGUGAGACAAUAGCUCAUGUAAUUAUCAAUGCCAAUGAUGAUGCUUUUGGAACACUUCAGCUUUCAGCUUCAACUGUGCGAGUUGCUGAAAAUUAUGUUGGACCAAUCAUUAACGUGACCAGAACUGGGGGAUUAUUUGCAGAUGUUUCUGUGAAAUUUAAAGCUAUGCCAAUAACUGCAACAGCUGGUGAGGACUACAGUGUAGCCUCAUCGGAUGUUGUCUUACUUGAAGGAGAAACAAGUAAAGCUGUGCCAAUUUAUAUAAUCAAUGAUAUCAAUCCUGAAGUGGAGGAGUCAUUUUAUGUUCAGCUGCUGAAUCAAACAACAGGAGGAGCCUUGCUUGGAUCUUUGACUAGGGCGAUCAUAACUAUUGAGGCUUCUGAUGACCCAUUUGGAUCCUUUGUUUUUCAGAUCACCGAAUUCACUGUGGAGGAGCCUGAAUUUGGAUCAGUAACCAUAAGUCUGCCAAUAAUCCGCAACGCUGGGACACUGGGUAAUGUUACCGUUCAGUGGGUUGCUACCGUUAAUGGACAUCCUGCUGAUGCUGACUUGCAGGUCGCCUUGGGUAAUAUUACUUUUGCCCCUGGGGAAGCCAUUCAGAUGUUGCUGUUGGAAAUCCUGGCUGAUGAUGUUCCAGAAAUAGAAGAAAUUGUCCAUGUAGAAUUAACUCAGGCCUCCAAUGGUGGUGCUAUUGGGUUAGAUGGCGUGGCAAAUAUUAUAAUUCCUGCCAAUGAUAAUCCUUAUGGCACAGUUUUCUUUCAUCAAUCCUUAUAUCGAAUUCAGGAGCCACUAGAAAGAAAUUUGCUUGCAAAUAUAACAGUCAGGCGAAGCGGGGGAAGGUUUGGUCAGCUGCAGAUAUUUUACAGCACUUCUGAGACUGACGUCGUAGCUCUUGCCAUUGAGCAUGGUCAGGAUAUCCUGGCCUUUUAUGAGUCUCCUGUACAAGGAAUUCCUGACCAACCAUCCACGACCAGAAUAAACGUGUCGGCAGCAAGUGACCCGCUGUACGCCUGUGCAACUCAGUGCCUAAAAGAACAAGUGUGUUCAGCCUUUACAUUUUCCAGUGCCUCUGAGAUUCCUCUCUGCCUUUGGCUGACAUCAGAGCUCAGCCCAUUUGCUAACACUUCAGGAUUCUGGACCUACAAGAAAAACGUCACCAGUGCAUCUGCUCUCUUUAGCACACAAGCCAUUGCUGGUAGUGACUAUGAACCUGUUACAGGACAGUGGGCCAUAAUGGAGGAAGGGGAAGAGUUUGCAAAUCUCACAGUUACCGUUCUCCCUGACAGUUUGCCAGAGUUGGAUGAGAAAUUCACUGUAUCGCUUUUGAAAGUUGAACUGAUGAACGUCUCAGCCAGCUUAAAAAAUCAGCCGACUAUAGGACAGCCAAAUACUUCCACAGUUAUCAUAAUGAUGAAUGGAGAUGCAUUUGGAGUAUUUAAGAUCUACAGCAUAAGUCCCAAUGCGACAGAAAAAGGUCUGUAUGUCGAAGUAGAAGAACGUCCUCAGACCAACGUGCAGCUAAUGAUACAUAGGACAGAAGGCAGCCUGGGACAGGUGAUGGUGGAAUGGCAUGUGGUUGGUGGAACUGCUACCCCAAACUUGGAUUUUGUAGGUGUUGGUGAGAUUCUGGUGUUCGCUGAAGGGGAAACAAAAAAGGUGGUCACACUGACCAUUUUAGAUGAUCCAGAGCCAGAGGAUAAUGAAAGUAUCAUAAUCAGCCUGGUCCAUACUGAAGGAGGGAGUCGUAUUCUGCCCAGUUUUGACACAGUCACAGUGAUUAUUCUGGCAAGUGACAAUGUGGCAGGAAUUAUUAGUUUCCAGACAGCCUCGAGAUCUGUUAUUGGUCAUGAAG